GCAGCUAUGCUUGUGCCAGCUGCGGCUUGGCGAUGUCUCACUCCAGCCCUAAACUGACUGUUGGCCACUUGUGCUUUGUAAUGCUUACCCCUCGGUAUGUCUCGAAUCCAUCUAUCUUUGUGACACGCCUUCGCCUGGAUUGCAGCCUUAGAGUGGUACAGAGCCACCUUCACACUGUGUGACUAUCGCCACGCAAGGUGUGGAAGUGGGCUGAGUCCUUGAUGGCGACGACGGUGAAUACGAGGUGUGAGACAUGCUACUCAAGGCGUACGAUCAAGCACCUGCAUCUGCGUCUGCAUCUGCAUCUGCAGCAUCAUCAUCAUCAUCAUCACCGUCAUCAUCAUAUGGUGGCCUUUCUGUACAACUGCCACCGAAGGGAUAUAAAUAUUCCCAGAUCUCCUGGUAGAGGAGAACGAUACUCAGCAUACACUAAAUCAAGAACAUUCGCUUAACCAAUAUAGUAUCUCCAACAUAGACGCCUUCAUCAUGAAGACCACCAUCGCUACCCUGCUUGCCCUUGCUGGCGCCGCCUUUGCUGCUCCCGCUACCGAAUCAGCCAGCUCUCCCUCUCCCUUCCCCUUCAGCAUCGAUGACGUCAAGCUCUACCACCUGAAAGAAAGCAACACCUGGGAUCUCACCAUCAAAGUGACUUCGCGCGAUCCCUACGGAGCCGCACUGGGUUCCACUACCUGCCACAGUGCCUGGAUCGACGGCGCCACCUACGUUGCACCUGAGGUCUGCGAGGACACCAACUAUUCCUUCUGGUUGCCGAACGGCGCACCGGAUCCGCAGCACUGGACUGUCGUCGUAGACGGGCCAGCCGGGCAGGGCGAGGGGUCCAUUGAGUUUGGCCCCAAGUACAGAUGUGAGCCGUAUGAGGGAGAAAUUGGGAAUAUUGAUGUGGAGUGUUCGACUAGGAACGGAGGGUGGUUCUUCCUGCGGGAGAGGGAGGCUUAAGUUAUGACAUCAAGGACUGAUUGGUUGGAGGAUUGUGGGAGACGAAUAGGGUAUGGGAAUAAUGUAUGGCGGAUGUAUUCAUUCAGACUGUAGCAUUUGCAUUGCAGGGACGGCAGGUAGGGGGCUUUAUUUAGAGAUGUUAUCAGUAGACUAAUUUUUUUGCAUGAGAUAUACCGUUUUCAUAUGC